AUGGUGCAGGGCAUCCGCGAUGCUGCAAAUAUGCUCUUCUCACGCGGCGUCAGCGAGGACAUGGCAAGGCUGAACACGACAUUGGUUAACUUAGAGAAGGGCUCGCCGGACAUCCUUUUGUUCGUAAGCUUGCUUCAGAUUGAGGUCUUGAAAAAGGCAGGUCGCCGAGCACCUUACAGUAGAGCAUUAUCAGCUCAAUUGCUUGCGAUAGCAAAGAAGAGGCAAAGGAGGGUUAGCUUGACCACACGUAGUGAACCCUCGACGGUGGCGCCUAGAGUAUCCCACAAUCUGAAGAUAUUAUCUUCGGUGAAGUUGUACCAACCUAAGCGCUCCCAAAAGCAACAGCAGCUCAUAGCCCUGCGUCAAAGGCUGGAGGCAGCAUCCGCUGAGAUCUCCAAGGCCGUGGAGCUGGCUGACAGCCACAACUUGGAGGACCUGGAGUGGCUAGCAUACUGGGCAGGCAUCCUCAGGGAGGCCAAGGAACAAGGCCGGGACGUCCUGGGCGCCAUCGCGAACGCAAAGUCGUCGAUAGUGGAAUGCGUCCAAGAAGAUGAAUUCAGCAGCUUUGUGCAUAGGCUCGAGGGGUUAGCUACGGAUGUGGAAUAUUUCGAGAAAUUGAUGCACGUCUUUUACCCUAUGGCCUCUGCUGUAACCGGGGAGCUCACCAGCAGAGUGUUGUCGGGGCUGAUACAGAUGUUUGGUAAGCAGGCAGCUGCCGGAGAGAAGCUGCAGCGGCUGGAGAUGCUGCUAAUCAAGAUCCACAGCGCGGUUGAGGCGUCAGAGAAGCGCACCAUCAAGAAUUUGUGGCUCCUUCGAUGGCGCGAAAAGCUAAAGGAAGCAGCCUCACAAGGCGACGAAGUGCUUGCCAGCUUCAUACGCAAGGCGGAAGACGCUGAAGCCACAAGGGGCGUUGACACCAACCAGCAGCAAGGCUCAUCCUCUUCUUCUAGUGCUGCUUCUGCUAGAGCUACAGGUGCUCUGUCUUUCACAAGUAAAUCUAUGUUGGGCAUGGUGCAGGGCAUCCGCGACGCAACCCAGGUGCUGUUUUCGAGUGACAAAGACAUGGAAAAGCUGAACAGUACACUGGACAUGUUAGAGCAGCUCUCCAUAGAAAUCAGAGAGUUCAUAAGAUUGUUUCAGCUUGAGGACUGGGCAAAGGUAGAUCUAACAUCUACCGAGAGUAUGGAGGCUCCAACAACAGAGCAUAGACCAAGAAAAAAGAUGAGGAUCACAAGAAAUUCAGGGUGCAGAUUAUUUGGCCUCAAAUUAGAUGAGGAAGACACAAAAAUUUCAGCUCCGUGCGUGGAGGAUGCGGUAGUGAACAAAUUGAUCAAUCUUUCGAUCAAUGAAACGGCAGCUAUCCAGAAGGAACAGUGUGAAAUGCUCCUUGACAAGCUUGAGGAAGGGUUUGCCAAUAUCUGCAAGACCGUCGAGCUGGCAGAUAGCCACGACCUUGGGGACAUGAAGUGGCUCGCAUACUGGGCUGACAUCCUAAGGGAGGCCAAGAUAAAAGGCUGUGUCGUUCUUGGCACCAUCAGCGCUCGCAAAACACUGAGAGCCAAAGAUAACGAGCCAAUGGUGAAAUGUGAUCAAGAUCAAGAGAGAGAUCAAUUCAGCAGUUUCGUGCAUAGUAUGGAGGGCUUAGCCAGGGACGUGGAAUGCUUCGGCAAAUUGGUAUACAUGUGUUCAAGAUGCUAA